CCUAUAAAAGGGCUGCGCUUGCCUUGAGCCAGAGCCCCAGAGGGUUGCCUUCGCUCUCUGCCUCGCCUCCUUUGCCUUGGCUCCGGGAGAGAGGCUCCUCUGGCCUUCGAGGGGGCCUUGGGAAGGAAAGACUAGAGCCCCGCAGAUGGAGCCCAAGCCCCUGGCCCUGGCCCUGAUGGUGGUGGCGGCGGCGGUGGCCCUGGGCUUGGGGCCGGUGUCGGGCCGCUCUCUGCCUCGCUCGGACGCCGGUCCCCACCUGAGCUCCGGCUGGGGGGAGCCCGUCCGCCUCCGGCAUCUCUACACCGCCAGCAGGCAGGGGCUCUGCAGCUACUUCCUCCGCAUCCAGGCCGACGGCCGAGUGGACGGCACCAGCGCCCAGGAGCCCCACAGUCUGCUGGAGAUCCGGGCGGUGUCGGUUCGGGCGGUGGCGAUCAAAGGCGUGCGCAGCUCCCGGUACCUCUGCAUGGAAGAGCAAGGCAGGCUCCGCGGGAUGCUCAGAUAUUCUACAGAUGACUGUUCCUUUGAAGAGGAGAUGCGUCCAGAUGGCUACAACAUCUACAGGUCAAAGAAAUAUGGAAUUUUGGUCUCCUUAAGUAAUGCCAGACAAAGACAACAAUUCAAAGGGAAGGAGUUUCUUCCUUUGUCUCAUUUCUUGCCCAUGAUCAACACUGUGCCAGUGGAGUCUGCAGAUUUUGGAGAAUAUGGUGACACCAGGCAUCAUUAUGAAUCUGACAUUUUCACUUCACGUCUUGAAACUGACAGCAUGGAUCCUUUUGGCUUCACUUCAGAAGUAUCAUCAGUGCAAAGUCCUAGCUUUGGGAAAUAAGGAGAGUUCUGUAGCUUUAGCUAUAAUUCAUAAAAAGGAUUGGCAGAAAGCUGCCAUGGCAUUUCUAGCUGUGAUAGUCAAGACAUAGAUGUUAUGGUGUGCCACUGUCCUUGGCAAGCAAAUGGUAGUAUUUCUAAAAAAUCUGACACAUGAACACAUGCUAUAUGCACACACGUACACAAACACACAUGCAUAAGAGUAUUUAGGAAAGUUCCUCCUAAAAGAUGCUAUUUCAUUCAGAAAUUACAAAAAUGCAAAAUGCAAGAAAUCCUUCUGUCCUGGUGGUUGUUUGGAGAGAUAAGAUCAUGAAUAUUUUCUAGGGUCAUUAUUUCUUUCAAUCACUUCAUGACAAGAGUGAGAAGAUGCUCUUCAUUCAAAAGGAUAAUAGCAUCUCCUCAAUAUUUAAAACAGAAACAAUUUAACAAAAACUCAAACCUCAGUACAAAACACGUUUACCUAAAUUGAACUGGUAUCAGCCCUAUUUUCAGCAGACCCACUGAAAUGUCUGGGUUGCAUUUUAGUCAUAACUAAUAUAAAUUCCAUUGAUUUCAAUGACUCUGCUCUAAAUGGGAAUCACUAGACCUCAUCUUUUCACAAGCCCCUGCUAGUGAAUGAUCAUUUCUAGCUGAAAGAUGCCUGAUCCAGAUAGGGAGUAAUAUCAGUCCUCAGUGGAUGGGAGAAACUAAACAGACUACCUACUAUCUUUUUUGCAAGCCAAUAUCUGUUGUUAAAGGAGUAUGCAAACUUUCUUCAAGCAGGACAGCUGAAAACGUUUAAAGUUAGAAAACUGUUGGAAAAACACAAACAAUUCAACUUCUAUCUUGAGUAACUAAAAAUAAAUGAGUAGGUAAGCAAUUCUAUUUUUUCAAAAAAACAAGAAUCUAACUUUCCAAGUGCUGAUAAACUGUUUCCAUCAUCCCUUCCUAAUGACAAAGGUAGAUGGGAGUUAUGGGCAUUGCAGCCCAAAAAUAUUUGAGGGCCACAGAUUUCCCAGGCAUUCUAUGGAAGGCACAAUAAUUAGAAGUUCACUUUGCAAGAUGAAGAAAUGCAUACUCCUUCAGUAAAGUAUUCUUUAGUAUUCUUCCUAACAGCUGGAGAUGCUUUGUUUUUUUUAAUUACUGUAUUACUGAUUUUAAUUCAAGGGAGUUAUACAUUACAGUGAGUAAAUAUUUUAUGGAAAUUUUUUGUAUAUAUCAGUUUUCUAAUGUAGGAAAACUAGUGAAUAACUAGUUUGUGGAAACCAGAGAAAACAGACUUUGGAAGAUCUUUCUUUCUUAAAGAUUGUUGUAUAUAGUAGUAUGACUCUGUACAGAAAAACUAAGGGAAACAUUACUAUUUUCUUGACCUAGCACUUCAUUGUCAACACUAUAUUUAUAAUUAAUUUAUUAAACACAUACAUCUGUUUAUUUUGUUACUGUAUUUAUACUUAAAAUUUUCUAUUUAUGUAUUCCAAAUACUGUCUUUUUUUUUUAACAGUGUGGUCAAAAUGUAGUGAAGUUUCGUAAUUUUAGUAAUUUUGAGUUGAAACUUAAAGUGUCUGUGAAAUCUGUAGAUUUAGUGUGCUUUAUUUUUAAUAAAAACAAAAACACAUUAGUUAGUUUCUUGAAUCUUUCUUUAUUAUCACUCACACACAUACACA